AUGCUUUUUCUAGGACUAAUAAGCGGGGGAAAGGACAGCAUUUACAAUAUGCAGAUGUGCGUGCAGAAUGGGCACACGCCGGUGUGUUUGCUAAAUAUGCAAAUGGAGAAGGAAAAGGACUCAUUUAUGUUCCAGUAUGCGGGAGGUAGUGUUUUGCCUGCAAUUGCGGAGUGCCUGGAUCUUCCGCUGCACCAGUUUCCUACAUCUGGUGUAUCUAAAGAAAGAGGCCUUGACUACAGUAUAUCUGAAAACGACGAAAUAGAGGAUCUUUUUGCUGCAAUUUCCUCUCUCUUAAAAAUAUAUUCGUUUUCGGGGGUGUCAGUAGGUGCUAUUUCUUCUGUGUACCAGUACAACAGGGUGAAAAACGUGUGUGAUAGACUAGGGCUGGAGAUCUUAGGAUAUAUAUGGGGAAUGAAUCAGAAAGUGCUUCUUGAUAAAAUGAUAGAAGAUGGAAUAUGUGCGAUUAUAGUAAAAGGAGGCGAGUAUUUGAAUAACCUGGUUGGAGAGACUCUUAUAGAGGUGCGGCAGAAGUACUCUGCAUACAUUCAGGAGCAGAUAGAAAAAUACAAAGGCCUAAAGGAGGAAUCGUUUAAUCUGUGUGGAGAGGGGGGUGAGUACGAAACAAUCACACUGGACGCAAAAAUAUACAAAAAAAGAAUAGAAAUUGUAAGGAGCGAUUUAGUGGAGGUAGAUGGGGUGAAGACAUUGAACAUACUAGAGUGCAGAACAGUACCUAAAUAA